AUGGAAGAGAAGGACGCAGAAUCUCCUGGAACUGACAAGAGAGCAAGGAAAGGCCCCCAUCCCAUCCAGGCUGGGAGUGGUGUUGAAUUCUGGGAAAGAGCUGUGCCAGAAAUCCUGGCUCAGGACACUGUGAUCACUGAUGAACAUUGCCAGCGUUUCCAGCACUUCUGCUACCAUGAGGCUGAUGGGCCCCGAGAGCUUUGCAGCCAGCUCCAUAAACUUUGCAACCGCUGGCUGAAGCCGGAGAGGCACAGCAAGAAGCAAAUCGUGGACCAGGUGAUCCUGGAGCAGUUCCUGAUCUUCCUGCCCUCGGAGAUGGAGAGCUGGAUGUGGCGACCCUCUGUGAAGAUGGAAGCUAACUUCUCUGAGGCGGAAAGAGCUUCAUCAGAGGACGGGCAGAGAGGGCAGGUCCAGUUGGAGGCGACCCAAAAGAAGGGGAAGGAGAUGGAAGAGAAGGACGCAGAAUCUCCUGGAACUGACAAGAGAGCAAGGAAAGGCCCCCAUCCCAUCCAGGCUGGGAGUGGUGUUCAAUUCUGGGAAAGAGCUGUGCCAGAAAUCCUGGCUCAGGACACUGUGAUCACUGAUGAACAUUGCCAGCGUUUCCGGCACUUCUGCUACCAUGAGGCUGAUGGGCCCCGAGAGCUUUGCAGCCAGCUCCAUAAACUUUGCAACCGCUGGCUGAAGCCGGAGAGGCACAGCAAGAAGCAAAUCAUGGACCAGGUGAUCCUGGAGCAGUUCCUGAUCAUCCUGCCCUCGGAGAUGGAGAGCUGGAUGUGGCGACCCUCUGUGAAGAUGGAAGCUAACUUCUCUGAGGCGGAAAGAGCUUCAUCAGAGGACGGGCAGAGAGUGCAGGUCCAGGUGUGUGCCCAAGAUGCCCUCUCACCUGGUUUCUUAGAUACUGUAUUUGCCAGGGAAAGGACUCACACAGGGGAGAAACCUUUUGAAUGCACAGAGUGUGGAAAGAAAUUCACUACAAGUUCCGGUCUUCAAAAGCAUCUAAGGACCCACACAGGGGAGAAACCUUUUGACUGCUCAGACUGUGGAAAAAGAUUCAGACGAAGUGACGCUCUUCAGGAGCAUCAAAGAACCCAUACAGGAGAGAAAUCAUUUCAGUGCUCAGAGUGUGGAAAGAAAUUCAAAUGUGGAAAGAAAUUCACUGUGAGUUCCAGACUUCAAAUGCAUCUAAGGACCCACACAGGGGAGAAACCUUUUGAAUGCUUAGUGUGUGGAAAGAAAUUCAGUCACAAUUCCAGUCUUCAACAGCAUCAAAGAACCCACACAGGGGAGAAACUAUUUGAGUGCCCAGAAUGUGGAAAGAAAUUCACUGUGAGUUCCAGUCUUCAAAUGCAUCUAAGGACCCACACAGGGGAGAAACUAUUUGAAUGCCCAGAAUGUGGAAAGAAAUUCACUGUCAGUUCCGGACUUCAAAGGCAUCUAAGGACCCACACUGGGGAGAAACCUUUCGAAUGCUCAGAAUGUGGCAAGAAAUUCACUGUGAGUUCCAGUCUACAAGUGCAUCUAAGAACCCACACAGGGGAGAAACCUUUUGACUGCUCAGACUGUGGCAAGAAAUUCACUACAAGUUCCAGUCUUCAAAUGCAUCUAAGAACCCAUACAGGAGAGAAAUCAUUUCAGUGCUCAGAGUGUGGAAAGAAAUUCAAUCAGAGCAGCAAUCUUCAACAGCAUCUAAGAACCCACGCAGGUGAGAAACUUUUUCAGUGCUCAGAAUGUGGAAAGAAAUUCACUACAAGUUCCAGUUUUCAAAUGCAUCUAAGGACCCACACAGGGGAGAAACCUUUUAAAUGCUCAGAAUGUGGAAAGAGAUUCAGUCAGAGUGGCACUUUUCAUGUACAUCUAAGGACCCACACAGGGGAGAAACCUUUUGAAUGCCCAGAGUGUGGAAAGAAAUUCACUACAAGUUCCAGUCUUCAAAUUCAUCUAAGAACCCACACAGGGGAGAAACCUUUUGACUGCUCAGACUGUGGAAAGAGAUUCAGUCGAAGUGACACUCUUCAGCAGCAUCAAAGAACCCAUACAGGAGAGAAAUCAUUUCAGUGCUCAGAGUGUGGAAAGAAAUUCAAUCAGAGCAGCAAUCUUCAACAGCAUCUAAGAACCCACCAAGGGGCCUCACAGCUGUGA